UUGUCGAGUGGUUGGGUGAAGAGCGGCAGGCAGGAGUUAGCUACCCGUUAGCAUACUGCCGCUGUGGUAAAGUGGUUAUCUGUCAGCUAGCUGCUAGUAGCAGCUGCCAAAAGUGAGCUGUCCACACGGCGAAAGGCAAAACUUCGCCGACUUUGGGGCAUUUUCUCUGUCCACCGCUGGAUUAUAUACUCUUUUUGGAAAGCCAAUGGAUUUGUUUACAUCAUGAUGUCGCACAUGCUGGUACCGAGGUAGGGAAAACUAGCUAACGUUAAAAUCAGCUAACUUAGCUAGUCGGCAAGAAACACAUAUAUAGCUGAGAGAGAAGAGUGGGCUGUGAGUCCGGGCCCGCCUCAGACUAAAGUACCGGUGGCAGCUGCUGAACAAGAACUUUGACAAGGGCCUGUUUGCAACUCCGCUGCCCGGACACAAGAAAGGCCGACCGGGUGUCAGAGAGGCCGGCGUGGGAGAACAGCAGUCGCCCGUGUGCUGUGACCGGACACCUCGUUGGGAGUUUCGCAGGGUCUGGCCCAGGUUGUGACACUUUUCUCCGACAAGAGAGAGGAAGAGGAACGCUAUGGAAAUGUCCUGUGACGGUACGUGUCUGUGUCAAAUCCCUCAGCUGUGAAUAACUUCGCAAGACAUUAGUACAGCACUUUUUAUCUGGGGGCAGACAGACUUGACGCAGAUAGUCACCAUGUCGAAAAUGCCGGCGAAGAAGAAAAGUUGUUUCCAGAUCACGAGUGUAACGCAGGCUCAGGUGGCGGCCAGCAGCAUCACCGAUGACACCGAGAGCCUUGACGAUCCGGACGAGUCCCGCACAGAGGACGUGUCGUCGGAAAUAUUUGACGUCUCUCGGGCCGAUCUCGGGGUGUGUGAGAGGAGUUCAUCCGAGGAAACCUUAAACAACGUAGGGGAGCCUCAGGAGGGCCAGCCGCCAAGCACAGGUCCUGUCAACGGGGGACUAUCUUAUAAAAGUUUAGGCACUGGUCGUGUCACCCCACACAAUUUAGGAGGAAGUGUGCCUGUGCCAGCUACAACUCAGUCUAUUGUUCCGAGCUCAGCCACCCAUCCGUCGACAGCCACCAGCACAGUUCCUGCUGCCACCGUCUCCACCAGCGUGGCUCACACAGCUCCUGUGAACACCAGCUGUAGUUCCCGUUUCAGGGUCAUUAAACUUGACCAUGGUACCGGAGAGCCCUUCAGACGGGGCAGGUGGACAUGCACUGAGUUCUAUGAAAGAGAUUCAGAUUCAAAUGUUAAUCGAACUGUGGAUAGCAUAAAGCCAGCUGUAAUCCAUGAUCACAGUAUAGACAGGGACAGUGGGCUAGGGGCCACCAGCAACUCUGUGGUCACUAGCAGUGCUUUUUCUGCACAGGCGUCGGACAACAGCGGGGACAGUGGCCACUCCACCAUGCACCCUGCCCACCCCUACCCUCAAGAGCCUCUACAGCCAGGCUACAGCUUGGCUCCUCAGAUAGGGAGUGGGGCAAGUGCCUUCCAGCCCACAGGGUACACAACUACAGCAUCGCAACAACAGGCUCAGGUCAAUAUGCAGCCUGUUGCUCCCCAGACCUUCCUCUCUAAUAGCCUCAAUGGUGUGCACCAUGGUGCCAUGCACCAGAAGUCUCCCAUUAUGCCUCCUGCCUCGCAGGCCCAGCAGUAUGCCUAUUCUACUCAUCCUACUGGCCACUCAGCUGGCCAGGCGGACUAUCGUCAGCAGCACUUUGUCUCAAGCACUCAGAGCCUUCCCAUGUCUGCCCACCCUGUGGGGCAUCCAACCAGCCAGGUACCUUCGCCUCUAAUCACCCCUGCUGGUCCGGGAGCCCAGGGGCUGGGUGGGGAGGCAGCCACAGCCCAGCCCCUGCAGCCUCUCCUGCUGCAAGUGGGCAACACAUCAGCCAUGGCACCCAUCCCUCCAGGAAGUAGUCAACAGCAGCAUGUCAGCAUCGCUCCUGCACCUUCCAUCGCCACCACCACCUCCCACAGCGGUGUCCAGAACACACCUGCCACAGUGCCCAGUACCACCAACACCCCUCCGGGAGUGCCAAGUCAGGCGCCUGGCACAGGAGGACUCGUCAAGCCUCAAGGAGCCCAUGGAGGAGCAACAACAGUCUUCAGUAACCAGGCAGAAGAUAGUAGGCAGAAGUCUGAUGCCCUACCUCAGCCCGGUGCAGUUGUGGUGCCAGGGAAAGAUGGUGUAAAGCCUUUCAUCGGCGAGGGCCUCGGCCUGCCCACCCCUGCUGUCAACAGCCUGUUUGGCAUCCAUAUUACCAUGGAUGUAGAUGAGGACAGACUAAAGUACCGGUGGCAGCUGCUGAACAAGAACUUUGACAAGGGCCUGUUUGCAACUCCGCUGCCCGGACACAAGAAAGGCCGACCGGGUGUCAGAGAGGCCGGCGUGGGAGAACAGCAGUCGCCCGUGUGCUGUGACCGGACACCUCGUUGGGAGUUUCGCAGGGUCUGGCCCAGGUUGUGA